UUACAAAUAUUUACGAUUCACGGACGAAUUAUACCAUACGAGUGACUCGACUAGCACUAUUAUUAUAAUAGUAUAAAAUAUUUAUAAUAUCCUUAGUUCUUAUACGCAUAAUAUGUUAUCAUUAUACUUAAUUACUUAAUUAAUCUAAUUUUCGAUAUUGUAAUAAAAGUCGUAACAUACGUUUUAAAAUUGUAUAUAAUAUGAGUUUAUCACAGUAAUUACGUACAUUUUGAUAUUAUUUUGACAAACCAGAGAUCUAUUCGAUCGAAAAUUCACACUGCUUAUUGAACAAUUAUUUUUCUUUUUUUUAAACGCUAGUGAUCAAUGAUAUUUGUCGCCAAAAAAAUAAAUUUAUAUUCUCUGUAUUAAUAGUAUUUUUAGUAUACUCGUCAUUGGUUGUGGUUGAGGUUAUGAUGUUCUAGAUUGAUUUAUUUAGUGGCUUUUUUUGAUUUUAAAUUAACUAAGUACAGCCAACUACUACAAUGUCUUUCACAUUCUCAGCGUUCACUUAUAUCGUGGCCAUGAUAUCAGAUGCAUUUUUAUUAUUUUUUUCAAUAUUCCAUAUAAUUGCAUUUGAUGAACUUAAAACUGAUAGCAAAAAUCCAAUAGAUCAAUGUAACAGUCUAAAUCCAUUAGUGAUUCCUGAGUAUAUGCUACACUUCUUCUUCAAUAUUUUGUUUUUGUUUGGAGGCCAAUGGAUUUCAUUUGCUAUUAAUAUACCAUUAAUGGCUUAUCAUAUAAAAAAAUAUCAUAAUAGGCCAGUUAUGUCUGGUUUUGGUCUCUAUGAUCCUACAAGUAUUAUGAAUGCUGACAAGUUGUAUACAUAUCAACGUGAGGGUUGGAUAAAAUUAUCAUUUUAUCUGUUUUCGUUUUUCUAUUACUUAUAUGGAAUGAUACGGGCAUUGAUAACAGUUUAAACCAAAGUUACUUCUAGCAAAUUUCUUCUUUUCAUAUGUUUUGUACAUAUUUGUUAAUUUUUCAUCGGUACAAAACAGCUAUUUUUUAUUUAAGUCUACCUCAGUAUAUAUAUAUAUAUGUUAUGGGCAAAGUAGGAAAUCCAGGCAUUGUAUAAUAAUACCCAGGCACUGUGCACAAUGCCCACAAUAUUAAUAAUAUUAAUUCAUCAGUUGUAACUGUUAUAAGAACCCAAUUGGAUACCUAAUAGAUUCAAAAACUAAUAUUUGAAGCGUCUAUUUCAGUUUUUUUUUUAUGAUUAUUUGUACCCUGUAAAAUUGUUUAUUUAAUUUUUAUUAUAGGUAUUUAACCUAGUGUUCAAAUUUAUUUGGGCACUAUAUACAAUGCCCAGACAAUGUUAACUUAUUCCAACUUUGCCCUUAAAAAUUGGGCACUGUGCACAGUGCCCGACUUCCUACUUUGCCUGUAACAUGUAUAAUAUACUAUAUAGAAAAUUAUCCAAACAGGAUGUAACUACAUAACAGCACUAUUUUUAAAAUUUAAAAUUUAAAAUUUGUUUUAUUGUAUUUAGUGACAUAAAAAAAAAAUGUGAAAAAAUCAUUUUUUGAUUUAUUAUAUUAUAAUUUUUUUUUAUGUGUAUUACAAAAUAUUUUAUAUUUACAAUAUUAAAUUUUUUAUAAUAGAUGUGAAAAAAAAUGUUAA